UACUGGGAGUUGGCGUUCAUAUGUGUCGAUGUAGUAGUAUGGAUGGCGUUAGUGGUGGUGCGCGUGCGUUACUCUGCGUUUCCAUUGACAUUUUAAUACACGUUUAGACAACGUUUGACAGCAGCUGUCAUAUGUCAAAUCCGGACUAUUGUACAUGGAAAAUGAAUCGUGUUUCGAAAAUUUUCCAUCCCACCGAUUCAUUGCUGCAGAAGACCAGGAAUGUUCUUGGAUCGAAAAAUCAGAGCUUACUCGUCGACUAUGGACUGAUGAAACCACUGGACAAGGGCACCUUUUAUUAUUUGCCCAUUUUACAGCGAUCAAUUAAUAAAACCAGCGCACUUAUUAAACGAUUCAUGCACAAAAUUGAUGCACAAGAAAUUAGCAUACCCAAUUUAACGCCCGUCGAACUAUGGACACAGUCCGGGCGGUUUGAUGUCUAUGGAUCUGAGCUAUUCACGUUAAAGGACCGACAUGAGAAACCACUGCUUCUUGGACCGACGUUUGAAGAAUCCAUUACACACAUGAUGACACUCGGCCAAAAUAUCGGCGAAAAACAAUUACCAUUCCGGUUAUAUCAAAUUGGAAAUAAAUUUCGUGAUGAGAAUGCGCGGUAUGGUCUAUUGCGAUCCAAAGAGUUCAUUAUGAAGGAUUUGUAUACUUUCGACGUGGACAUAGAAAGUGCAACGAGAACUUACGAAGAAGUUAACGACAUUUAUAGGAAAUUGUUUACUUUUCUUGGGGUUCCAUAUGAAAAAGUGGAAGCGGAUGCCACAGAUAUGGGCGGCCAUUUAUCGCAUGAGUACCACUAUUUGGCCUCGAUUGGUGAGCAGAGCCUACAGACCUGUUCAUCUUGCGGAGAAACUUCAAUAGACUCUACUGAAACUACGGAUGAUGUGUCAGAGUGUCCCAAGUGUAAAUCGAAGGAACUUCAGAAAAAUCGUGGAAUCGAAGUGGGUCAUGCAUUUCUCUUGGGUGAUACGUAUACCAAAAAGCAGAAGGCGAAUUUUCUCAAGGCUGGAAAGCCAGUACCGAUGCAAAUGGGCUGUUAUGGAAUCGGAGUAACCCGUUUAAUCGGCGCUGCCAUUGAGAAGCUAGCAACAGAGUCACACAUUCGAUGGCCGUUUCCAAUAGCGCCAUUCUCCGUUUGUAUUAUUCCUCCAGAGAAGCGAAGCAAAGCAUUUAGUUCAGCUAGUCAUUAUUUGGAAGAGGUGCAUGAUCGACUGAACACCGUUCCAGGACUGCAAGACUCAAUUUUGGUUGACGAUCGGAUUCGAGUUCCGAUUGGAGACCGAUUUCGCAAUGCGAGGAGGUUGGGCAUCCCAUUGGUAGUCAUAAUCGGGAAAAAGGCUAGUGAUACCGAAAAUCCACAAUUUGAAUUGCAUUUUAUUCAAGAAGAGAAAGAGUGCAAUUUAUCGUUGAAUGACCUCAUCAACGAGGUCACUAAAUAUUCACAAGAAAAACAUAAAGAGAAUUAAAUUUAAAACUUUAAAUUGUUGUUGGGAAAUAUCAUAUAUUUCUUGCUAGAACAUUGUUUUUUUUUUUAAAUAAAAUGACAAAGAUUAAAACUUG